UUAUCGUCUCUUCACCAUGGCUUCCUUAUUCCAGAACUUUCGUUCUAAUGGCAACGGAAGUGGUAUGAGAACUGUUAGAGGGUUCAAAAGAAUUAAUCAGAACCAACAGCAAUCUAAUUAUAACAGUGGCAGUAAUACUGCCAAUAACACUGGAAAUAAUCCUGCUAAUAACAAUAAUGCCUAUGCUACAACUAAGCAGGUGAAUAAGAAUGCUACCAGCUCACAAGCAUUAAAUAGCAAUAUUCCCAACAAUACAAAUGGUUCAGCCAUUACAUCUCAUAAAGAUAUCAGAAAUUUUGCUGAAGCCACACUCGGAUCAGGAUCAGUAUUGGCUCAAGCAGUUAAGUUACCCAAAGACGAGGAUCUUAACGAGUGGUUAGCAGUUCAUGUGGUUGAUUUUUAUAAUCAAAUUAAUAUGUUAUACAGCACAAUAACCGAGUUUUGUUCACCCAGAACAUGUCCCAGAAUGAUAGCAACGAAUGAAUAUGAAUAUUUAUGGCAAGAUUUGAACUUAAAAAAGCCUAUUCCAUUGCCUGCACCAAAUUACAUUGAAAACCUAAUGAAUUGGAUCCAGUCCUUUUUUGAUGAUGAUGAUAUCUUUCCUAGCAAUAUUAUAAAUGUUUCAAGUAAUAAUAGCAAUAAUAGCAGUAAUAACUAUAAUAAAAACCGUAAUAAUUCAAUUGAUUUAACUAAUUCUAAUAGCAAUAUUUUUGUUAAUAAAGAAUUUCCUCAACAGUUUUUAGCAUUAAUUAAGACAAUUAUGAAGAGAUUAUUUCGAAUUUAUGCACAUAUAUAUUGCCAUCAUUUUGAUGAAAUUACUGAAUUGGGAUUGCAAAAUCAUUUGAAUACAAGUUUAAAACAUUUUGUAUUAUUUUCAAAUGAGUUUAAUUUAAUAUCCAAAAAGGAUUAUGGUCCAUUACAUGAAUUAGUUAAUGUUAUGCUUCAAGAUAAUCAUUAAUAUAUACUAAAACGUAUGCCUUGAAUUUUUUAAUUUUACAUAUCUAAGUUAAUAUACAAUUGUUAAUUGCAAUCUUUAUUUUCAUUUUCAUUUUAAUUUUAAUAUUGAUAUUAAUUUGUCAGCAUGAAUUCAAUUAGAAAGUUAAUGUCAAUUCCAAAAAACUAAAAC